GCCGGGCCGGCGCGAGGCUGUCAGUCAGUCGGGCACCGCAGCCGCGUGCCCUGCUUCCCACCCUCCUUCUCGCCAUUCCCGCCGCGCUCUGAGGGAUACACCGCGAGUGGCCAUGAAGAUCUGGAGCUCGGAGCACGUCUUCGGGCAUCCCUGGGAUACCGUGAUCAAAGCUGCUAUGAGAAAGUACCCCAACCCCAUGAAUCCGUGUGUGGUAGGAGUAGAUGUCCUCGACAGGAGCCUGGAUAACCAGGGGAGGCUGCACAGUCACCGUCUUCUCAGCACGGAGUGGGGAUUGCCCAGUAUUGUCAAAGCGAUACUAGGAACAAGUAGAACUCUGACUUACAUAGAGGAACAUUCUGUGGUAGAUCCAGUAGAAAAGAAGAUGGAGCUUUGCUCAACUAAUAUUACGCUCACAAACUUGGUGUCUGUUGACGAGAGAUUGGUUUACACACCUCAUCCAGAAAACCCAGAAAAGACUGUGCUAACUCAAGAAGCAAUUAUUACCGUUAAAGGCAUUAGCUUGAGCAGUUAUCUGGAAAGCUUGAUGGCAAACACAAUAUCUUCUAAUGCCAGAAAGGGGUGGGAUGCUAUUGAGUGGAUAAUUCAAAAUUCUGAAAGCGCUCUAAGCUAGCAGUUCUCCACACCUGCAGUUUGUACUAACUAGUGGUAAUGCCAGCAUUCUUCUUCUUGGUACAGCAUUUCAGCUUUCUAGCAAAUCUGUGCAUGGAUUGUUGUCACGUGGAUUUCAUAAAUUACCCUGCAUGUCUGUUUUACACCUUGCAUACAGGAAUGGCAGACCUGUUCAUUGCUCUGCAGUUGUAGAGGGUGAGCGUAGCCCCAGUCCAGGCUGGAUCCGUGAGCCCGUGCUUGUGCCACUGGCAGCCAACGUGCUGCAACCAUGUCUUAUGCCACACGGUCUUGCUUAAGGCUUGUAGACUGCAGACGGCUAGGGGUGUGAAGGAGUCCCUCCACCGAGUGUGUGAUCUGGGCCUAGUUUUUGUGAUUUCGGUAUGUAAAGCUGGUACUGAAAGAAAUUAAUAAAUUGGCUAGUGAGUGGAAUUAGUUUGAUAAAAAAUGAAACAGAACUCUCUUGUUAGGAUAUAAAAUUCAGUUCUUGAAACAGGUUGCCUAACAGGGGUAAUGUUUUGCGUAGAGGAAUUGUAUUUGCUUUUCUUCUGCCUGAGGAUUAGUGUUGCCCUUCUGAGGAAAUCUGUGCAGAGCUUGAAAUUAUCAGGAUGCCAGACUGUUCCUGCUUUUCUUUGGUCUUGUAGUUAUAUUCAUUUUGAUAGUGACAUAUCCCUGCAGUCAUAUGACCAUGAACAAAUCUGAGUUCAGGGUUGAGAGAACUGAGUGUAUUUGCCUCUGUGACACCUCUGUGCAGAUUGUUUUCCUUCCACCAGUCAGCGUAGCCUGUCCCUGUCAUUCCUGUAUUGGCUUCUGCUUCAACCAAUAAGAUUUCUUAAAAAGAAAGAAAUCCAUUUUGCUGCUUCUCCUAGUUAAGAAAGUUGGGCUUUUUACACUGCUUACUUUGAGAUCUGUGUAUGUCAUGAGUGUUUGGUUUUGUUCUCAUUCCACUAAGCUUUUAUGGCUGUUUUUCUGGAAAACAUCAACUACAAAGGCUCAGCACUUAUCAGUCACUUAAGCCCUACCAACAAAUCUUCAUAUGCAGCGCUUGUUUUGCCAGCCACUUCAUGCUGCUGACACCUGCAAUAAUGAAUAACAACAUGCAUGCCUGGGGAUGAGUGUGCUUGCUUAAUGACUGACUGCAAAACUUGUACAGUAUGAGAAUUUAUAGACAGUCCUCUGUCAGAUUUUUUCUGAUAAUUGGGUAGUUUUGUGGCACUUGGAGGUUUUGUAUCUGAUUGAGAUUUCUAAUUUAAUUUCCUGUGCAGAAUGUUUCUGAAGUCUUCCUUGCCAAAAUCAUGAGUUUAUUCUUAGCUGCAAAAUAUGGCAUAUAGUAUAUGCAAGUCUAAGGAGAUAUGCACAGACCUAUGUAUUCUCAAAAACUGGAGGAAGGGUAUUUGGUGCUCCAGUUGAAGGUCAUGGAAUUUUUUUCUUAAU